CAUCCAUCAAGGCCCAUUGUCACCAGCCCAGCAGACAGCAAGCGCCAAGUGUGGAGAGGACAAGCUCUCACAAGUCCACAUUUUUCUGUGGAAUUGCCCUGGUUCCUGUUUCACAGGACAGCAGCCUGGCCUCAACCCGACGGAGUAGGACACGGCAGCUUGAAAGGGGCUGUCGAGGGAAGAACAGCUGAGAGCUACAACGAUCCCAGUGUGUGUAUAAAUAGAGACGGGGCUGUUAUCCUGAUGAAAUGAGACCAGAUGUUUCUCCCAAAUCCCUCCUCUCUGCUAGUGAAAAUUAUAGUUUAGUUACAGCAGGGUGAAGCGGGCAGCAAAAUAUUUUAGACCUACUAAUGCUGGGAAGUCAAAGGGGCAAAAUGCCUCAUUGGGGCAGAGGGUAACAUGCCCUGUGAUGCAGGGAUGGAGUGGGCAUGGUCAGAGUGGGUGAGAGCUGGAGGAGCCCCUCACUGCCUUUGUUCUAUUUUGCUGCUUCCUAUCCUGGUAUUAACGGGUUGAGUUUAAAGCCCAUGCUGCGACUGCCUUUUGUGAGGUAGAAACUCAGUGUCAGCACAUGUAUCCUGGAGGCAGUUGGCAUGAGAUGAAGGAGGGAUGGCAGCAGCAGUUAAAACUGGGCCUUGGCUCUUUAAUAUUUAACUUUCCCCAGUGCUGUUUUUUUUUUUUUUUAAUCAGUUUGUGCAUUAUCUGCCAUCCCCGUUCAAAGAGGGUUUUAGCGCAGAGAUUUCAGUGCUUAAUCCCAGGGGCAGGGAAAGCGGAAGAGUCUCUCUGAAGGUUCCAGGGCUCAAUCUGGCCCCAAUUACACCAGCCUAAAUCAGCAAAGAGUGGCCACGACGGACUUCGCUGCGACCGCGUCGGGCUGGAGGUAACAAAAUUAGGGGUAAGUCCCGUAUCUGUCCAGGAGACGCCCCUGGUCCCUAAGGCUGCAUCCACAGGGAGUUCCCAGGAGGAUAUAAGCAUUGCCUGGAUGGCUUAGAACAAACAUCCACCUUGGGCAACAACCAGUGCCUGGCCAUGGCCAGCUGCAGAUGCUUAGGAAGGGAUAUCGGAAGAGGGAGAGUAUAAAGUGAUCCUUCCUCCGGCAUAUCCUCCUGGCUCCUGGCAAUCAGCAGCUGAGGGACUUCCUAGGCCGGAGGUUGCAUGAAUUUGUGUAAUCCCUUUUGUUGUUUUUUUUUUUUCUUUUAUUAUUAUUAUUCGUUUAUACUUUUGGCCUCCACGACAUCCUGUGGCAAUAAGUUCCACAAUCUAAUUAUGUGUCGUGUGAAAAAGUACUUCCUUUUGUCUGCUUUAGGCCUGGCUCCUGAACAUUUCUCCCUGUGAUCCUUCGCUCUUGUGUUGUGAAGAAAAGGGAAAAAGAAUUCCAGGUCCACACCAGACCUCUCUUGACCUCUUCAGACUUCUCUGUGUUUCUUUGUCCCAAGGUUUUGUUCUUCCAAAUUGGAGCUCCUUGUUUUUCUAGCCUUUCCUCCUCAUAUGGUAUCUAUCCCAUCAUUUCCACUGUCCUUACCGCCCUCCUCCACGUCUCUUCUCAUUUUAUUAUUGCUUUUUUUUUGAGAUAAGAUCACUGAACUGAGACUUGAUCACUCCUGAAGACAUGAAUUCGUUCUGCUGGAAGAAGAUGUGAAAGGACCACCUACACACAGGCUGUCCUGUGGCCAGUCCCCCUACACUGACAUGACAACAUGGGAGAGGAAAUACUGCAUCCUGACGGACAGCCAGCUGGUGCUGCUCAACAGGGAGAAGGAGGUGCCCACGGAAGGGAUGCCGGAGCCGCAGGAUCCUUCCCGCGGGCGCUGCCUGCGCCGGACAGUCAGCGUCCCCUCCGAGGGCCAGUUCCCCGAGUACCCGGCAGAGGGGGCCACCCAGCUAGAGGUCCCGGCAGAGAGAUCUCCUCGCAGACGGAGCAUCUCGGGGACCAGCACCUCUGAGAAAAGCAACUCCAUGGAGGUGCCCAACACCUCUCCCUUCCGAGUACCAGGCUUCUUCAGUAAACGCCUGAAGGGAUCCAUCAAGAGGACAAAGAGCCAGUCCAAGUUGGACAGGAACAUAAGCUUCCGUCUCCCAUCUCCCAACAAUUCCGAGGACAGACCACGGGAGCUGCCCAAGCUGAAGGAGUCGCGUUCCCAUGAGUCUUUACUGAACCACGACACCAUCCUCGAGACUCUGGAUUUCUCGGCAGAAGAAGCAGUUUAUGUCAAACCACUGCACAGCAGCAUCCUUGCACGGGACUUCUGCUUCGAGGUAACCUACUCCAAGGGCAGUAAAUGCUUCAGUUGUUCCUCUGCAGCAGAGAGGGACUGGUGGAUGGAAAACAUACGCCGAAUAUCACAGCCGAUGAAGGAUAAUUGCCGUCGAAUUGAGAACGUGCUGCGCCUCUGGAUCAUUGAGGCCAAGGACCUGACCCCCAAGAAGAAAUAUUUCUGUGAGCUGUGCCUUGAUGACACUCUCUUUGCCCGCACCACCAGCAAAGCUAAAGCGGACAACAUCUUCUGGGGGGAGCACUUCGAGUUCUACACUCUGCCACAGGUUGAGAGCAUCACAGUUCACAUCUACAAGGACGUGGAGAAGAAAAAGAAAAAGGACAAGAACAAUUACGUAGGGCUGGUCAACAUUCCCACGGCCAGCGUGACCAGUCGCCAGUUUGUGGAGAAAUGGUACCCAGUGAGCACUCCUACAGCCAACAAGGGGAAGUCUGGGGGGCCUUCCAUUCGGAUCAAGUCCCGUUACCAGACCAUCACCAUCCUGCCCAUGGAGCAAUACAAAGAAUUUGGAGAGUAUGUUACCAGCAACUACAGCCUGCUGUGCUCCGUGCUGGAACCCGUGAUCAGCGUCAAGAACAAGGAGGAGAUGGCUUGUGCCUUGGUGCACAUUCUUCAGAGCACUGGGAGAGCAAAGGACUUCUUGACUGAUUUGGUGAUGGCUGAGGUGGAUCGUUGUGGGGAACAUGAUGUCUUGAUCUUCAGGGAGAACACACUUGCUACCAAAGCUAUUGAGGAGUACCUCAAGUUGGUAGGACAGAAGUACCUUCAGGAUGCACUGGGGGAGUUCAUCAAAGCUGUGUAUGAGUCUGAUGAAAACUGCGAGGUGGACCCCAACCGUUGUUCUCAGAGUGAAUUAGCAGAUCAUCAGUGCAACCUGAAAAUGUGCUGUGAGCUGGUCUUCUGCAAGAUUAUCAAUUCCUACUGCGUGUUCCCUCGCGAGCUGAAGGAGGUAUUUGCAUCCUGGAAGCAGCAGUGCCUGAACAGGGGCAAGCAGGACAUCAGUGAACGCCUGAUCAGUGCCUCUCUCUUCCUCCGCUUCCUGUGCCCUGCCAUCAUGUCCCCCAGCCUCUUCAACCUCAUGCAGGAGUACCCUGACGACCAGACCUCUCGCACGCUCACCCUCAUUGCUAAAGUCAUCCAGAACCUCGCCAACUUUGCCAAGUUUGGUAUCAAAGAAGAAUACAUGGCCUUCAUGAACGAAUUUCUGGAGCACGAGUGGGGAGGAAUGCAGCGUUUUCUGAGGGAGCUCUCUAACCCAGAUAGCAUCUCCAACAUGCCUGGAUACGACGGCUACAUCGACCUGGGCAAAGAGCUCUCGGUGCUGCAUUCCCUCUUGUGGGAGGUUGUGUCCCAGCUUGAUAAGGGUGAAAAUUCCUUCCUACAGGCAACCGUGGCAAAACUGGGACCCCUUCCUCGUAUUCUUGCGGAUAUCACAAAAGCAAUGACCAACCCCACACCAACGCAGCAGCAGCUGAAGCGUUUCACUGAGCACAGCUCCACUCCAAAUGUCACAGGAAGCCUCUCCUCAGGACUUCAGAAGAUAACCGAGGACCCCACCGAUGGUGACAUAAAUAGACUGAAGUCUCCAACCCAGGAAAAUGUAGAUGGACAUUUUAGGGGCAAGACCUUACUGCUGGUUCAGCAGGCAUCCACCCAGAGUAUGACGUGCUCGGAUAAGGAUGAGAAGGUAAGUGUCUUGCCCAACGGACGUAGCAUCUCCCUCAUGGACCUGCAGGACCCUCACACGACCCACAAUGACUCUGGAUCCAUGAUACACGACGUGCCUUUGCGCCUGGCCGGCAGCCAGCUCUCCGUCACCCAGGUGGCCAAUAUCAAACAGCUGUGGGACACUCAGAGCACCCCCCAGAGCGCUCCCCAGGUUCGGAGGCCUCUGCACCCGGCUUGGAACCAACAGGGCAGCCUCCGGCCUCUCUCAUUCCAGAACCCGGUUUACCAGCUCAACAACCCGAGCCCGCCGAUGGCCAAGGCCUCUGUGGACUCCAGCCCGGAGAACCUGAGCACUGCCAGCUCCCGGAGCCGCAGCAACAGCGAGGACUUCAAGCCCAGCGGGCGCAGCAACAGCAGCCUGGAGGACUCUGCCAAGCGCAGCUCACUGAGCGAGGACUCGUCCCAGCGCACCGCGGGCACGGACAAGCACGUCCCGGUGGUGCUGCCCCGGCAGAACAGCAGCAGCCAGGCCCAGAUCCGCAAAAUGGACCAGGCCAUGCUGGGCGCCAGGGCCAAGACAGUGCAAGCCCUGACACACAGCCCUUCCCUGCGCAGCACGGGCAGCAUGUCCGGGGCAUCAGGGCCCAUGGGCACUGAGCCCAUCCAGAACGGGAACCGCUCCCGCCACCAGUCCUCCUCCUCCAGGGAAAGCCCCGUCCCCAAGGUGCGGGCGAUUCAGCGGCAGCAGACACAGCAGGUGCAGUCACCUGUGGACUCUGCCACGUUGUCACCAGUGGAAAGGACAGCGGCCUGGGUGUUCAACAACGGGCAGUAUGAGGAGGCCAAGAAGGACACAGCACAGAGCCUGGACGAUCUCAAGCACGCUGAGAAGUACGAGCAGGAGAUAGCGAAGCUGAAGGAGCGCCUGCACGUGUCCAGCCGCCGGCUCGAGGAGUACGAGCGGCGGCUCCUGGUGCAGGAGCAGCAGAUGCAGAAGCUGCUGCUGGAGUACAAGUCUAGGCUGGAAGACAGCGAGGAGAGACUGCGCAGGCAGCAGGAGGAGAAGGACAGCCAGAUGAAAAGCAUCAUCAGCAGACUCAUGGCUGUUGAAGAGGAGCUGAAGAAGGACCACGCAGAGAUGCAAGCUGUCAUUGAUGCAAAGCAGAAAAUCAUCGAUGCACAGGUCAUAAAUGGGGAUGAGAUAAUUCCAACAGGAGAAGCGGAUCGAGUUCCUGGACUCGGCCAACACGCGGCUGAUGAGCGCCCUGACGCAGGUGAAGGAGCGCUACACCAUGCACGUCCGCAAUGGGAACCCCCCCAAGCUCUCCAUCACGGAGAAUGGUGAAUUCAAGAACAGCAGCUUCUGACCCUGCUCCGCGGAACAGCCGACACGGAGCAGACUCAAGAUCCUCGCUGCUGUUGUUGUUGUACAUAGUUCUGUACUUUAAGAAAGUUAUUGUUUAAAAAGGUUGGAAAGUUAUUGUUUAAAAAGGUUGGAAAGUUAUUGCUUUUUAAAAAGGUUGGAAAGUUAUUGGUUUUUAAAAAGGUUGGAAAGUUAUUUUUAAAAAUGUUAUAAAGUUAUUGUUUAAAAACAUUGGAAAGUUAUUGUUUAACAACGUUGGAAAGUUAUUGGUUUUUAAAAAGGUUGGAAAGUUAUUGGUCUUUAAAAACAUUGGAAAGUUAUUGUUUAAAAACGUUAUAAAGUUAUUGUUUAAAAACGUUGGAAAGUUAUUGUUUAAAAACAUUGGAAAGUUAUUGUUUAAAAACGUUGGAAAGUUAUUGUUUAAAAAGUUUGGAAAGUUACUGUUUAAAAACGUUGGAAAGUUAUUGUUUAAAAAGGUUAGAAAGUUAUUGUUUAAAAACGUUGGAAAGUUAUUGUUUAAAAAGGUUGGAAAGUUAUUGUUUAAAAACUGUUCUGUUUGCAAAGCAAAAAAAAGAAAAAAAAAUUUUGUUCUAAAGUUAUUCUAAAGUUGUUUUAAGGUUGUAUUUAAAGAAGUUGUAUUUAAGAUUGUUUUAAGGAUAGUAUUGUACAUUUAAUAAAGUAUUGUACAUUUUUUCAGUUUAAUAAAGUUGAAAAACUGAGUCUGAAGGGUGGGCUUUGAUUCCCCACUCAGGGCCAGGAGAACCAGGCUCCUGAGAACAAGUCCUCCUGGAUCACUGUGUAAAUAGAGGGAGCUCUUGGGUCGUGUACAGAAAAUGCCAAUGUAAAAUACCGAAAGGAGGUGAAUACUGUAAAUUUUUUUAAUUAUUGCUAUUUUUAUUAUUAUUAUUGUUGUUGUUGUUGUUGUUAUUAUUAUUAUGGUUUUCUCUUGUUGAAAGCACUGCAGUCGUGGGAGAAGGAAGAGGGGAGUGUGUGUGUGUGUGUGUUGUGAGAGGUGAGCAGUGGUACCUGAGGCAGCAUCUGGCUGAUGGGAGGACAUGAGUGGAAUGAAAUGGAUUCCAUAGGAAAACCCAUCGGCUGGGUUUGUUCCCCUCCUCCCCAGCUGGUCUUUAACUGAACUCGGACUCGAUAGCAAACAUUUUAGCAAGAAAACUGACUCUUGCUGUGUCCUGUACCUGCUUUCAAGAGGACUCCAGAAAAAAAAUACUAUUUCUGACGAUUUUGACAAGGUACAAAGUGGGAGCAGCAACCUGGUUUCCUUGCAUUUGCACAGUCAGGCUUCCCGUCAGACAGAGGGAAUCUGCAGGAUUUCCUAGUAGGAUUCUUUCUUUUUUUUUUUUACUGAUGCAGUUUUAUAUUUUCUGUUUGGAGAAUUUACAGACCUGUAAAUAAUUUUUUAACAAUUUAUAGCCAGUCCCAGCUGUAGUCACUGUGCAGCAGCACCCUGAAUUCCCUCUCUGCGCUCCAUCCGGAACAACCAGGUUAAUGCUCUCAGGAAAGGGCUAAUCCAAGGGUGCUCGUGCCCAGCACAGGAGAUUCCAUAUGCAAAAUUCCCUUUUUCUAGAGGAUUUCUGUAUUUCAACACUCACUCAUUUUCACUAUUUCAGCCACUUGCUUAGCCAGCCUAGUUGCAAUUAAAGGUGUGAAGAGAUCUUCGGUUUCCACUGAAAUUUUCCUUUCUCUGGAUACUUUAAAGGGAUGAUUUUUUUUUUUUUUUUUGAGUUCUGUAGACACCAGUUUUUCUUGAGGAGUUUUGACUAAGCUUUUGUCUCCAAUUCCUUCCAGUUGCAUUUCAUAGAAGCGUGCUUACAGGCUGUGUGUGAAUGGGAUAUCAUUCCAAAGUGACCUUCUCCUGGGAGAUAAUGACAUUCACAGCCUGUAACAGAUGAACAGUAAAUGGCUUUGUAUUGUCAAUUCUCGUGAUUUCAUCAAAUGCCACAAUAUUUAAUCUGAAGGUUUGGGGUUUUUUUAAAAAAAGCCCCAGAUUCUGGAGUCAUGUAACAGCACGUGAAUCUUCACUUCCAGUUUUUGCUGUGCAUUUCUAGCCCCUCAAACUCACAGCAAAUAAACUUAUUGCAGCAGCGAUUGAAAUCUUGAAUUACAGAAGUAUACUGAUAAUGAGUGUGAUUAACCAUUCACACCAUGUUGUGGAAAUUGGAAAAAGUUUACUUGAAUUGGAGACAAAAGCUCGAGGGGUGUGGGAUGUGUCACGAAAAACGCAGGAGUUUCUAAGCCGGUUUCUUGCAUGUGAAUUAUUGGCAAUACUAAGACCCAAAUUUGGUUGUCAGGUUUGCUUGGGUUUUUUUUGGAAAUGAAUGAAUCUCUGUGUGAAUGCAGCUGGUGGGUGCAGUGUGUAACUGCUGUGCCUGACGCUUGUGUCACGAUACUUGAGUUACCAUUAUCACCCCGGGGCGUUCCGUGACUGACUGUGCAUCCGUGCAGAGACCCCGUGUCCUGCGCUGUAGGAUGGGUGUGGAUCAAUAAUAGCAAGGCCUUCUGGAGCUCAUUAGUCUGCAGCCAGUUGGGAUUGGUGUUUAGUGCUGUGUUCUUUGAGAUCAAAGCUGUUCUGGUUGCUGGGUUGUGACUUGGUGCUGAAGGCUGAGGAGCAGCCCUGGCCUGCCUGGGGUCAGCACGGACACACCUGGGCUUGUGCUCUGCAUUUGCUCAGCAGUGAUUACUCUUCCAUUCUUUCCAAACUGUCUUCCAGCUCUAGGUCCGUGCUGACCUCUGAUAUUUUCUUCCUCAAACUGUGCCUUUAAGUUCCUCCUUCCUUCCUUCUCCCUUCAUGUGUCGCAGCCGUAGAAGCCUCUCGAGUCUGUGUUAACCUGUCGUGUGAGUGGCUCUUUGACACGAAACCUUUGCAACCCCCUCUUUGUGGAGUAUUUCUGUGGGACCUGCAUCUCCCCACAGCUCUGUGCUGGAAUUUCACAGCUGCAGCACUGGAAAUGUGUUCCCAAAAGUAGCCUUUUGGGAUGGGCAUGUGCAUUGCUGACUCGUUGCAGUGUGUGGAUAGGGGGCUGUGCUGUGCCUGAGGUGUGAGGACGCUGAUCUGCAUUGGCAGAGCAAGGCAGAAGCAGAUGUGUCAUUCUUGGAGUGUUAGUCUGGCAUUUACUGGGGAAAUGCCUUUUGCUGGAGCUCCCCAGCACCCUGGUGCUGGCAGAGGGGCUGGCUGAGUUGUGUGGUUUGAUGCUGAAGGCUCUGAGGUGUCCACUUUGGUUUCUGCAGUGAAAUGCAAUGGGGGCAGAAUUUCAGCCCGGAUUUUUAGAGGGGAGAUGAUCCCUGCCCCAGGAUCAGUUUGUUUUGGUGAGGCCUGAUCAUCUGCUUCGGUAGUGCAUCGCUCUAACAAUGUCCCUUCUGUGUGUUUCUCAAGUUUGUAGGGAAAAGUAGUGACUCUAAAAGAGUCUGACCCAUCAGUAUCAUCCUCACAGCUCGUUGCUGGGCUGAUGGUUUCUCUCCUGUUCCAGUUUCUCCCCUGAGGUGCAAAGUGUUCUCCAGGUCCAGCCACUGAGGAGCUGCUGCCUGCUGACCCCAGAGGGGGUGAGGGUUGCAGACUCAGUGCCUCAAGACUAGAAUUGAUCAGCUGCAGCACAAAACACUCUGCUCCUGGCAGCUGUCUCUCCUAAUUUGUUACCGAGCAGCUUCCCAGAGAAAUUUUCAGCUGCCUCAAGCUGACAAUAUGUGAAAAUGCCAGUUCCUAUUUUGUCCAGACUGAUAAAAACUCAAGUGGCACUAAACCACGUGUCUGCUCAGGAGCAGGAGCCCUGCCCGGGCCUGCACACGUUUGGGGUCAGACUCGUAGCCAGUGGGUUCUGCAGCAGCGAGGGAGGGAACAGUGAUGUGUGAGAUGGGGAGCAUGACAGACACCGAGUUUGGCGUUGUAAUCUGAGCAGAGGCACUGGGCUGUGUCUAAUGCUGUGCAAGGAACUGCUGCUCUCGGUUGGGAACAGAUGAAAGAGGGCAGGAAAAGUGGAAUAGCCUGCAGGAGGAAGGAAUACUCGUGUAUUCCUCAGACUGAACAGGAAAGUCACCCCAUCCUGGCGUCUCUGUCAGUGCUGGCUGUGUUAAUAUCUUUCCAGGAGGAUUCUUCCCAAACCUCGAAGCCAUCCAGGCUUCUGAGUGCUCAGGGAAGCCGAGCAGCCUCUUGUGUGUGGCCUCUUGGCACGCUGUGUGUGGUGUCUGCAGAGUGUGUGAGAGGUGGCCAGAGUGACAUGGGAUAGGCACUGAGAGCACAGCUUAGAGGCAGCAUCCUGUAAAUCCCUGUUCUUUGCAACUCUAGGAAUUCAAACCUUUUUUUUUUCUAAGGGAGAUAGAGUUCACAUCCAGGAAUGACCAGCUGUUUUUUCCCUGCUGUAUCAGAAAUGGGCAGCUAUGCAUAAAAGCACAGAUUUGUACAGCUACACAUUUUGCCACGUCCCUCUCCAGUGGCAUAACUCAAUCAGGGGAUCUACAGGGGCCUGGAAAGGGAUGUGUGUAUUUUCUAGUUAGAGAAUAUGAGGUGCAUUCACUAACAAAUUCUUUAUCCAUCUAAUAAAUCCUCCGAGAAAUGGGGUUUAUUUUAUGUUCAUGCAAUUGCUUUGGGUUGGCUUAGGUUGUUUUUAUUUCCCGUGAUACCUUAAUUUCAUGUUUUAAUGCUUGCUUAAGUCCACCAGCUUUUGGCUUGAAGUCCAUCAGUUGUCCAACCAUGCCCGUGGGAUGUGUCAGCAAUACUUACCUAGUGUGUGUGUGAAUUCUGCUUGUGUUCUGCACAAAUGUCUGUGUUGUUCCUGGAAAACAAUUCCUGUCCGGGUUGGACCACGAAAUGUGUUUCCAUCAGUGAUUGGCUUGGUCAGCCACAAGUCAUGCAGCUGAGUCUGCCAGAGGAAAAAGGGUUAAAUUUAGGCCAAUGAUUUUAGGUGUUCCCUUCUCCACAGUAAGUUAACUCCCAGGAGAGUGAGUAUGUCCUUACAGAUCAUACCUGCCAGGAAUCCUACCUGUAAAAAUAAGACUUUCUGUCUCAAGGGCCUUAAUAAGAGUGUUACUACACAGAACUGUUUUACAGUGAUAGCUCUAAAUAAUUUAUUUUUUAUUUCAACAAAGUACACCUUAAAAAGGAAACUUGUUUUUCAAGCUGUAUUUUUAUGCUCAUAGCACUGGACUGUUUGGUCUCUGAGAUCCAUUUCUGCAUUUCAUUGCCUGGGUUUGUUCUAAAGAAGAUUUAUUUUUGUUCUGUGAAUAAUUUUUGAAGGUUCUUGUAAUAUGUACAGAUACAGAUACAUUUGAGGACUUUUAUUGAUAUUCCUACAAAGAGUACAAAUAAACUUUAACUUUAAACA